AUGAGUGAAGAUGAACAUCCUAUACCAACAGGGUCCGUAACAAUACAAGGUUCAUUAAAACACAAAUGGCCUGUUCUUGGUAUAUGGGACACCAACAAUUAUUGGUUAAUCGGAAACAAAUUAUACGUUUCUAAAACAGAUAAACUCGAGGAUUACAAAGAAGUAAUCGAAAUCACAAAAGAUACAAACAUUAUUCUCGUAGACAGAAAGAAGAAUCCUCAUUUUAUUAUCGAAAAUGAAAAAAUCGGAAAAUAUCUUCUUAAAUCUAACGCUGCUGAAGUUUACCCAUGGGUUUUCGCUUUACGUGCUUGCCUUUAUACAGAACACGGCUAUUCCAUGGACCAAUUCAGAAUUAUUUCUGUUUUGGGUCGUGGAUUCUACGGAAAAGUCAUGCUCGUCGAAAAACUCGAUACAGGUAAGUUGUACGCACUUAAGACAGUUCGUAAAAAGAAAUUGAUUGAAAUGGGACAAGUAGAUACAAUUAUUGCCGAAAGAAACCUUCUUUUCUCAAUUCCUCCACAUCCAUUUAUCAUUUCUGCAGAGUUUGCAUUCCAAACACCCUCUAAGUUCUACAUCGGCCUGGAAUACGCCGCUGGAGGCGAAUUAUUACAUCAUCUUUCUAAUCUUCCAGUUGUUCCAAUCGAAGACACCAAACUCUACAUGGCUGAAGUUGUCCUUGCACUUCAGCACCUCCAUACUAAUCAUAUCGUUUACAGAGACCUCAAACCAGAAAAUGUUUUACUUGAUAAGAGCGGCCACGUCAAGUUAACAGACUUUGGCCUCUGCAAAGAGAUUACAGAAGAAGGUGCCAAGACAUUCUGCGGAACAGCGGAGUAUUUGGCCCCAGAAGUUGUAUUAAGAUUAGGAUACGGUUUCAAAGUAGACUGGUGGGCACUUGGCGUCCUCUUAUACGAAAUUUUGUUCGCAGGAACACCUUUCUACGAUGAUAACCAAGCUGUAUUGUUUGAUAAUAUUGUUAAUGAAGAACCUAACUAUCCAAAGUUUGGCCACAAAGCAGCCAUCGAUCUUAUCAAGUUGCUCCUCCAAAAGGAGCCAGAAAAUCGUCCAGAUUUCGAACAAAUCAAAGAACACGCUUUCUUCAAGGGAAUCGACUGGGACAAGGUUUUGAGGAAAGAGGUCCAGCCAAAGAACUUCAGACAAGUCGAUGAACUCGAUCCAGAGAACUUUUGUUCUGAUUUCACAAAUGAGCCACCACUCGACUCUGAAGCUCUCCCUGCUUCAUCAGCAUACAGAGAUAUCGAUGGUUUCUCAUUUGGAGGAAGCAUGAACUUUGAUGAGCCCAAAGAAUAA